AUGAAAUUUUGGACCUCAGAACACGUAUUUGACCAUGAUUGGACAACAGUCGUCACUGCUGCAUUGAAUAAAUAUCCGAAUCCGGUGAGUCCAAGUGUAAUCGGUUGUGAUGUUAUUGGUCGGACGAUAAGUCCAUCCGGUGUUAUUCAAUCACACCGCCUUUUAUUGGCUGAUUGGGCUAUUGCGCCAGCAUUAAACAGAAUCUUUAAAUUUAAUGAACUUGGAUAUGCUAGUGAACAUUCAACAAUUGACGUUCGACGACGUGUUAUGAGUGCUAGAACAAGAAAUUUAACAUUGAAUCGUUUUAUUAAUAUUGAAGAACGACUGGAAUACACACAACAUCCAACUGAUAGUUCAAAAACAUUAUUGAAACAAGAAGCAACUAUAAAUGUUGAACGAGUUCCAUUGACUAGUUAUGUUGAAACACUAGUCGCUAAAACAAUUAAUGCGAAUGCCACUAAAGGUCGGCUGGCCAUGGAAUGGGUUAUUCAUCGAAUGAGUACUGUUCCAACACCAGAACCAACUGAACAACUAGCUUAA